GCACUUCCCACAAAAUCACGAAAACGCCCCUUCUUUUCUUAUGCACACCAUAUAGGGAUUGUUCUGCCUGUCCGUUGUCUCGCUUUCUCACAGAAAUGGCGGAAAAGAAGCAAAUCCCUCCACCUCCAUACGAUCUCAAUGCGAAAUGGGAUGCUUGCAUCGAUCUAUCCCUCCGUCGAUUCGUCUAUUCUUCCUUCUCUGGAGCUGUUGCCGGACUCCUUUUCUUCAGGAGUCCUGCAACACGAUGGGCUUCUGUAGCUUUUGGUGCUGGUGUUGGCAUUGGAACUGCAUAUACUGAAUGUUCUCUCAAAUUUGAUGGGUCUCCUUCAGAACUUCCUCACACCCCUACUUCAGCUUCUUAUCAUGAUGGAAAGGAGUGACGCCAAAGGCUGACAGGACCCCGAAGCCAUUAGGGGUCUCAAAUUCUUCCUGAAAAUUUCAAGUUGAGCAUAUUUUGUUGCUUCUUUUUUCUCCUGUCGACUUUCAGCCCCUGUAACACCACUAUCAUUGGGAUGCAAUGAAUAUGUCUCUUAGGUUUUUUUUGUGGAUUUUCAUAUGAUUUUACGGGUGGAUAAUAAAUGUUGUGUAAGCUUCUUUUUUC